AUGAGUAACGAUGUUCCCAAUGAUUGGUUCCUGGUAAAGCUGACUCGAUGGGAAGACGGCCACGAAACCAGUUCGGCUCUCCUCCCUGUGAACAUUUCUGCCGGUGACACGCCAUCUGGCCUCAGAAACGGGCUUCAGUCUGUUUACAAGCGCAUUUGGGAUUACUUCACUGUUAUAGAGAGAGAUGGUAGCUCCUCCGACCGAACCAAUCUUCCUUUGGGAGCCGCCCUUAGACAAGGUGAUGGUAUCGAAGGUUUGAGCGUUGAUUGGCAAGGCCUUUCGGCUGGCGACUGGCCAUCGCAGCGGACUCUUGUGACGGAAUUCAACCUAUCUGGAGUUGUGAGACAUCAAAAUUUCUCAUUUUCUCCUUCUUUUUUCAUUCAUGAGGUCGUCUUCUGCAAACAUAAUAUAACGAUGGGGAAAGCUAACUUGAUGGUCUUGGCAUAG